AGUUUUUAAAACUGGCAAGUAUUUUGACUGCGUGGAGUGAAACGUCAGCCACGUCCGAACGACUGUCACCGAUCGUCUUGCAGCGUUCGCCAAAUCUGCUUUUAGUUGUUUAUUAUUAAGCAUAAAAUAAGACACAAUGAGCGCCAAGCUGCUGUCCCUGAUCCUCAUCAUCGCUACUGCGGUGACCGCUGAAGAUGAGCCAGCGAUUGCGAGGUUACUUGUAUCGAAGCAAGUGCUGAACAAAUACUUGGUGGAAAAUAUGGAUAUUCUGGUGAAAUACACGCUGUUCAACGUCGGUACCGCGCCCGCUGUGGAUGUUAAGCUGGUAGACAACGGUUUCCACCCUGAAGUGUUCCAAGUUGUUGGUGGUCAGUUGACAGCUCACAUCGACAGGAUACCUCCUCAGACGAACGUGUCUCACGUCGUGACCGUGAGGUCUAGCAGAUACGGCUACUUCAACUUCACGUCAGCUGAAGUUUCAUACAAGGCCAGCGAAGACGCCACUGAGGUCCAACAGUCAAUCAGCAGCUCUCCCGGUGAAGGUGCUAUCGUUGCAUUCAAGGACUACGACCGCAAGUUCUCAUCCCACAUCCUCGACUGGACAGCGUUCGCAGUCAUGACCCUCCCCUCUCUCGCCAUCCCCUUCGGCCUCUGGUACUCCUCCAAGAGCAAAUACGAGAAACUAGCCAAGCCCAAGAAGGCCCAUUAGGUUUAGUUAGGUAAUUAGAUCACUGCUAAUGUUGUAUGUUGAGUUUCUAUGUGACAUGACUGAUUUUCUUUUUCAUAUGUCACAUCCGAUUUCAUUUGUUUUUUUAUCUAUGUGAAUUAGUGUUACCACCUAUCAAUUUUGGUUCAAUCGUUUUCACUAUUUAUUAAUUUCAUCUGAUUUAGAUUUAAGAAUUUAUGUAAUGCAUUAGUUGCCCAGUUGGAUGAUUCAUUUUAGUUGAAUAAUUACGCAAAUAAGAUUAGCAGAUGAUCUAUCUCACUCCAUUAGCUAUAGUACAUCAACAUCUUGUUAAUAUUAAUUUAUAUGAACAAUAAAAAGUUUUUUAUAAGUCAA